CAUUACCCUCCGGAAGUAGUUUUUGUUAUUUUUAAAAAUAUUUCCAAAGUUACACGGAAUCGUCUACUUUUUACCAGUUUGUCAGUACAUAUCACAAAUAAAUACGUAACAGGUUGCUGGUGAGUAGAGGGUCAAUACCUUCAACCAGCUAGUUUAGACUGAUCAGAAUGUAUGAGUGAAGAAUGUAACAGAGGUACUAGUGUAUGCUGCUAAGUUCUAAUAACUACAGGAACAGCCGACAUAUUGACUCACUGAACCUGGCACCAGAUCAUCUACAAUCAUUAAUUGAAAAUGUAUUCCCGUGCCCAUCUUUUGAUAAAACGAGACUUUGAGAGGUUCACCCAGGAUCCACCAUGGGGUAUAGAAGCUCAGCCACUCGCAGAUGAUAACAUAUUUGAAUGGUCAGCAAAGAUACAGGGCAUGAGAGAAACAAUCUGGGAAGGUGGUUUGUUUCAAGUUUACAUCAAGUUUAAUGAACACUACAACUCUACACCCCCCGAAGUGUGUUUCCACACCAUACCAUUCCAUCCUAACAUUGAUAGUAUCACUGGAAGACCAUGUAUAAACUUCUUAGAUGACCCAACAUUGUGGAAGGAAACCUACAGUUUUGGAUUUGUCCUUCUUUCAAUCCAGAAUCUGCUGUCAAAUCCAGUCUUGGAUGAUGCCAUUAAUCCCGAUGCUGCUGCCAUGUUGGUCAAUUCAUACCACAGUUACAAGCAAAUGGCACAAGACUGUGUCCUAGCAAGUAGACGCUUUGAAGCUGGACUAAGCCUCGAGUCCACUGUUCUGGAUGACAAGAUUCGCUUUGGGGUACCAGAGAAGCCCCCUACCCCUGAGGCACCCCCUAAGGUUACACCAAAAAAGAUCAAGAAGAUGUCUUUCGAAGAUUACCACAAAGGUUGGAGUGGUAUAGCUACUUCCAAAACACACCCUGAUACAGUGAAUCCAUUACUAGAGAUGCUGCAGGAUGAUCCUGUGAUGGAGGAAGUUCAUUUGGGAAUCAGUAGGCCAGAGAUAGAACAACAAGUGAAGAAACAACUACAGGAACACAGCAAGUUAAUCUAUGGAAAAUUUAAAAAUGCUCCCACAUCUGAAGAAGAACUGGAUGCCAAAAUUGCUAAGCUUCAGCAUAUGAGGAAGAUCUACCUACCCAGUAAAACUCCUACCACUGCCCCACCUUCCAGGAUAGGAGCUAUAUCUCAACAGGACACUAUACUAAAUGCCCCAACAGUAGCUCAACCAGCAGUAAAAAACAUUGAAGAUCCUUGGGAUCAGGAUGUUGAUGAGCUUGUAGCAUGGACAACUAACCUUGAUGAAGAUAACUUAUAAUAUUAAUUAAUUUAGAGUAUUCCUUCUUAAAAUGAAUAUGAGAUUAUUUAUUCUAAAAAAGAAUUAUGUGAUAUUUCAUACUUUUAUUGUCUACAAAUGUAAAUUCACUAUGUUAGUGAUUGAUACAGUCUACAACAAACCAUGGCUGAUAAAUAAUGUGAAGUGCUAAAUUGAAAAAAGACACACUUUUCUUAAAGGGAUAUUCCUUGUGAGUCCAUUUUUCUCUUGAUAUUUUAGCU